UAUCUUUAAAACAUCAGCAAUAAAAAUAGUUUCUUUCAACUAUUUUUGUAGUUUCAAGAAUUUAUAAUUAAUAAUUUAAAUAACAAACUCGUAACCGAGUUUGUAAGCAAUAGAACGAUAUUUAUAAAAUUGUUUAUGAAAAUAACCAAUAAAAAGAAAUUGAAAUGCAGAACUUAACAAAUUGUGUACGAUUGUUGGGAAAACAAUUGCUCCAGCCAAAUUUAGUUGUUGUUACACAAACUGCCAAUGUACAAAAACUUUCAAAAUUUGAAGAAUAUAAUGAAAAAUUUUAUCCUAUUCAAACCCAUGAUGAAGAACGAAGACCAGCAUUUGUUUGUCACGUGGAGAAAAACGUGAAAUAUAGUCCAAAGAAUAUGUGGUAUGUUGCAAAUUUAAUUCGAGGAAUGACAAUUGACGAUGCCAUCGAACAAAUUAGUUUCGUCUUAAAAAAAGGUGGUGCAAUUGUUAAAGAGGCACUUUUGACAGCUCAAAAGAAAGCCGUUGAGGAACAUAAUGUCGAAUUUAAAAGCAACUUGUGGGUUUCGGAAUCAUUCGUGAAUAAAGGACUUGUUAUAAAAGGAAUGCGAAAACAUGCAAAAGGAAGAAUAGGAGAAAUUCGAUACAUGCAUUGUAAUUAUUACCUAACUCUUGAAGAAGGAAAGCCACCACAAAACUAUUAUCACUACAAAGCACCAAAAUCCAAAGAAGAAUUACUGCAAGAGUAUAAAGAAGGCCUGCGAAGGCGAAGAGUCAUCAACAGUUUGUAAUUUAAGAAGUAUAAAUAAUUUUUUAAUUUUUAGAUGCAUACAUAUUUUCUAUCGCAGUUAUUUUACCCAAUCUUCAAUUUAAGGAAUAAAUUUUACAUUACAAUUCGCUAAUUGAAAAUUCGUUAAAUAAAACUUGAUUUAUGAAAA